GAUCGAUGGGCCGCUGUAACUCCUUCAGGUAGGGGGCGCGCCAGGGAUUUGUCGGAGGAAUUGGGGUGGUGUGCUGGUCGGAUCCCGGGCCUACAGCUACGUUCGCUGUGUCUGCGGAGAAGGAGAAGGCAUUCUUUUAAAUUCCCCCCCCCCCCCCCCCCGCUUGACAGUCACGCUUCUCGUUAACGCCGGAUUAAAGGAAGGAUCCAGCGACGGCGAAAGUAGGGGGCGGGAAAAGCCCGUUCCUGAGAGGAGCCCAGACACACACCCAGCUUGGCAGCCGUCAGAUAGCGGCUUCUGCUCUGCUCCCCUCCCAGUAACAACAACAACAACGCAGCCGGCGUGAUGUUGGCCCUCUUCAAUAAACUGCUGGACUGGUUCAAGUCUCUGUUCUGGAAGGAGGAGAUGGAGCUGACACUGGUGGGGUUGCAGUACUCGGGGAAGACGACGUUUGUCAAUGUGAUAGCGUCUGGACAGUUCAGUGAGGAUAUGAUACCAACUGUUGGCUUCAACAUGAGAAAAAUCACCAAAGGAAAUGUCACCAUCAAGCUUUGGGACAUUGGCGGGCAGCCUCGAUUUAGAAGCAUGUGGGAACGAUACUGCAGAGGAGUCAGUGCAAUUGUGUACAUGGUAGAUGCUGCAGACCAUGAGAAGACAGAAGCUUCAAAGAAUGAAUUGCAUAAUUUAUUAGAUAAACCACAGUUGCAGGGCAUCCCAGUGCUAGUCCUUGGGAACAAACGAGACCUGCCCGACGCACUGGAAGAGAAAGACCUUAUUGAAAAAAUGAACCUGUCUGCUAUUCAAGACCGAGAAAUCUGUUGCUAUUCCAUCUCCUGCAAGGAAAAGGAUAACAUAGAUAUAACACUACAGUGGCUCAUCCAACACUCAAAGACCAAACGCAGCUGAGGACAAGGAUGUUGAUUUCUUACUUGUACCCAAGACCUGCCCAUAUUUAACAUCGACCUCCUUCCCUAAGAAAUGGUUUAGAAAGGUGUCCAACAACAGAGGUCAAAUUAAUGUUUUUAUCAUGACAGAGUGUACAAUAUUAUUUUGCACUUUUUUUAUGUUUUUAUAUAAUUAAGCUGAGUUACUAAAUUUGACCUUGUGAACUUAAUACUUUACCCACUGUCAAUAUGAAUGGGGUUUUGUUAUAUAUAAAUGGGACUUCUUUAUUUUUAAUAUGCAUGCUUACAAAGUCCCAAUGUAGAUGAAAUUCCUUCUCCCAGAAUGCCAUAAUUGAAACAUAUUUACAUUUCAUUGCAUCAACUAAGCAUGCUCAGGGGAUUUGUGCAGUGGCCCAGUUAUAACAUUCGAGUAAACCUCUUUUUCAUUACUCCACCUAAUGAACUUAGUCUUUGUUUGUACCUCAAAAAUAAUUUGGGGUAGGUGGAGCUGCUUGUUACAGUGGAUAAAAUUUAUAUAGAAUAUAAAAUCAGUGCAGGUCAUCUAUAGUGAAGCCAUAUCUUUAAUUAUAAAACAAUAUAAAAGGAACCUAUUCAUUGAAUGUCUGUUACCGGCAAAUGAUGGAGUGUGAUGUGGUCAUUGUUGUAAUCUGGCAUACAAAUUACGAAGGUGAAAGCUUUACUGAUUCACUCCAACAAAUUGUUCAACACUUCUCCAAUAAUCUAGUUAUUAGAAUUGGAGAAACCAUAUAUCAGUCAGUGGUAUUUAGUAUGCACUCAACAAAGAGUUGAUGUAAAUCAGCCGUUUACAAGAUCAACAUAUCUAAUGAGAAGAUACUUUAUAAAAAAAAAUAACAUAACCUUAAAUUCAGGUAUGCAUGAUUGAUUUAAUCCUUCAAUUGUAUCUUAAGCCUUGAGGUUGCAGGUCAUUUUUUGGUUACUAGCAGUAGGCUAAGUACUAAGUAUUUCUGCCACUGGUUGUUUUCACCUCCCCACAUUGGGUUCUACUGACUCUAUCAGAAUUGAAUAUUUGGAGGAGAGUACCACAGGUAGCCAUGUUCUGACAUUCGUUCACCUCUUGCAACCAAAAAAAUUUUCUUCACAAUUUACUUUCUGUUACACUAGCCUGCUAUGCAGUUGUUUAAGCCUAUUCCAGCAAUGACACAGAUUGACCACACUGAAAAGUUAUAGAAUUUGGGAUCUUUGUUAUUAGUCUCAUAAAAUGGGCAUCAUUGCCACAUACACACUAUCACUAAUUCAGCGAAGAGGUUUAAUUUGGCUUUUAUGGAUACAUACAAUAAAUAGUGGUCAUGCUUAAUAGCUUAAAUCUGAGAUGAAAAUUUGAUUCUUUUAUGCACAUUUUUUUAAAGAAACUCCAUUAAAGCGUAGAAAACUACUCAGGAUGAGGAAUGAGACAAGCUACUACCAUUCACAUUUAAUUUUUCAUUUUUGCCUGCGAAUGUCCUUAAGUAUUUAAACUGCUGCUCUUUUAAUAGCACAUCCCUGUUGUUGCACAUUGAAGUAUUUUUACUUUUGACAGGUAACGUAACAAGUGAUCAGCUUUUGUUUUUGUUGUCACUUGCCUUUUAAUAAGUUUACAAUCUGUUUUCAAUUGCAGUUUUGUACAUAUAAAUUUAAGCCAAAUUGUUGGAAUUUUUAAAACAUACAAAUUUGUGAUAAAUAUCGUACAAGAUAGUAAUUUGCUUAAAUACAGGUACUCGGGCAUAAAAGCUAAUAAUUAGCAGUGUUUGCUAUUGUGUAAGGAGAAUGAAGGACUAAUAGCUUGUGUGUUUUUCUUCAACUAUAACUGGUUUUAAGUGAAUCCUUUAUCCUCCAAUUCUAAGAAACAAAUAAAGUUAAUGCAUACUGUGUGAUAACAGCUUGUUGACUUGUACAGUCAGCUUGUCAGAUAUUUGUCCUGCGGGUGAUUAAUGUACUGUUGCUUUGUCAUUUGAUGAAGCUAGCGCCGUAAUAAAUACAUCCACACA